UUCUCGUUGUAGGGAUCCCAUCUGCCGUGCAGGAACGAGUUUGCUAACAGCAUAGGAUGCGCACCGGUUGUCGUUUCCGUUGUCUACUCUCACGAACAGUGCACCAGCGAAGCACAGCCUAAUGUUGACCAGCCCACGGCGUACAGGCCGAUUGGAGCCCGUCAUUCUGCGAUUUGCCCAGGUUCAAACCAGCCAGUUUUGACAACUCGACAAGCAUGAAGGUGUUCUUUGCUGCUGCUCUGACUGCUGCGGCCAUGUCGGCGGCCUAUGCCGAGGAAUUCUGCGACCAGUGGGGCAAGACUACGUCGGGAAACUACAUUAUCUACAACAAUCUCUGGGGAUCCAGUGCGGCUACCGGAGGCGGCAAGCAAUGUACCAGUUUGAAUAGCGGUUCGGGGGACACCGUCUCCUGGCAAACGACGUGGUCGUGGCAGGGUGGCGACAAGGAGGUCAAGUCCUAUGCUAAUGCAGCCCUAGAGUUCGAACCGGUGCCUCUUACCGAGGUCAAGUCCAUCCCGUCGACCAUGUCGUACAAGGUCAAGUACAGCGGCAAAGUGGUGGCCGACGUCGCUUACGACCUGUUCACGAGUUCUACUGCUAAGGGCGAAAAGGAAUUCGAGAUCAUGAUCUGGCUGGCUGCUAUUGGUGGCGCUGGUCCGAUCUCGAGCACCGGCAAGGCCAUCGACACGACCACCAUCGCUGGCAAUGAGUGGAGUGUCUACAGCGGACCCAACGGCCAGAUGAUGGUGUACUCGUUCGUCGCUUCUAAGCAGGUUGAGAACUUCGAGGGUGACCUCAUGGAGUUCUUCAACUACCUUGUCAAAAGCCAGAAAUUUAAGACCAGCCAGUACCUGAUCAAGGUCGAGUGUGGUACUGAGCCGUUUGUUGGCAAUGACGUGACCAUGACCGUGUCCAAAUACUCGGCCACUGUCAACACGGGCAGCGGUGGUGGCUCGACGCCUACGCAGUCGGGUGACAGCAGCUCAACGGGUGCUCAGACUACAACCGCUCCUUCUACCGGCUCAUCGACCGAGGAGACCCCUUCUACCUCGACCACUGGUUCAUCGACCGAGCAGAACCCUUCCACCCCUAGCACGGGUUCGUCGACUGAGGAGACUCCUGCCACUUCGAGCACUGGGUCGUCGACCGAGCAGAGCCCUUCCACCCCUAGCACGGGCUCAUCGACCGAGGAAACUCCUUCUGCCUCGAGCACUGGUUCAUCGACCGAACAGAACCCUUCUACCCCCAGCACGGGAUCGUCGACAGAGGAGACUCCUUCCACUGGCUCGUCGACCGAGCAGACUCCGUCCACUGCUUCGGGCGAUGAUGAUACUACUACGUCUUCGGGCGACGAAACCGAGACAUCGGGCGCCGGUGACCAGACCACUACGUCGGGUGCGAGCGAGGAGACCACCCCAUCCUCAACGACGCCGCCUACCACAUCAUCUUCAAGCGAGGAGACCCCUUCCACAGGCUCAUCCACCGGUCAGCAGGAGCCCACGGAGUCGUCUUCGAGCGAAGAGACCCCGUCGGCGCCCAGCACGCCUGCUACAAACCCGAAGUGCACCCUUCGUCGCGUCCGUCGUGACUAAAUGGGUCCUUCGUUACAGCAGCAACUUCACUCCCAUGCGGACGAGUUUCGAAGAUAUGUUUUGAGAAUUUGCAGUCCUCUUAGUGAGAAGUUCUCUAAUGUUGAAUGUUGAGUUUAGCGGGUGCUAGAAAGCCGCAAUACUACAUA